UGUUUACAUGUGUGUUUUUUCAUUGUUAAACCAAUGAUGAUGAGGUUCCCUCAUUUAAUCUUUUUCUCUUUUCCUGUGCCUCCUUCUUUCGCUGUAGAUAGACAGAUAAGGUGGGGCUAAGGGGAACCCAUACUGUACAGGAGGGGCACACGCUGUCCACUGGUUUUAGCUUGUUAUCCAUCGUGCACAUUUUUAUAUUGUUUAUCAACCAAAUCUCAACAGCUUUUUCCUGUGUUUUCGUUGGCAUUGACCAUUGACAUCGACCAUGCUGACUUUCACUUCCACUUUUGACAGGCAGGAAAAUGACUGACUGUUGAUGUUGACCAGUCUACAACAGAAAGCUUGAAGAUGAUUUGAAACGACAAAGCCUGUUGAACCUACGAUAUGACUGAAUUAGAAACCUCGGGGGUGGGGGAACAUCCCCCGCCCUACAUGAUCUUUGUAGUGGUCUUCCUCUUCUUCCUCACCGGACUGCUUGGCUUCCUCAUCUGCCAUCUGCUGAAGAAGAAGGGCUACCGCUGCCGCACUGGAGACAUGGAUGAUGAGGAGGAGGAGGAGAAGCUUGGAGGAAAUGCAGACGAUGAGGAUGAAGAGAACCAGGAUACAGUGGAGCAGAUCCUCAAAUGCAUCAUUGAAAAUGAAGCAAACAUGGAAGCCUUCAAUGAGAUGUUGGGGAAUCACAAUGUCUGUGUGCGCCAUGACCCCAGGUUGCGUAAGGAGUCCAUUGGUGGUGUUCCUCCCCAUCACCACACAGUCCACUCAGGCACCGACCACAACUCCUGCCACCUCUGUGCCCAGGUCCGAUCUAAAAAGGGCCGCCGACAAAGCCGAACCCCCCGCUCCAAACAACGACCUGGAGAACAGACUGUCUUCUCUGUUGGCAGGUUCCGGGUGACACACACUGAUAAGAAGCUCCAUGGAGGUCCUAAUCCAUAUGUUAGUUCAGGGGACCAGCUGGACCAAUCCCAGGACAGCGAGGAGCGGAAGGAGGGCGUGUACAAUCUGAGAAGCAUGUUCAAGGAUGUUCGACCGCCUUCAGAGAGCUCCAAUGGGGUUGCUCCGAAUGUGGGAAAACGCAGGAAGAGUGUAACUUUAUUUGGGCUGCGGCGGGGUAGUGACCCCCUUGGCAUUAAAGUAGGAGAGAGGACAUGUGGGGAGACUGGAGGUGUUAGAUUUGCUAUUCAGCAGCAACCUGUGGUGCUGGAGGAACUGUUGCAGGCAGAGAACAUUGGAGUCGCCUCUGAAAGUGGUACUAAACCUGGUAUCAAUCCUGAAACCGAGCGCUCAAAAAAUCAAACGCCUGCUUUACCUCAAUAUGUGGCUAAAACUUCAGGUUCUGUUAAUUCUCCCUCUUCCCAAAGUAAGAAUAAGGCCCAUGACUCUAUCUCUUCUCCUGAGGAUGGCUCUAAACAUGGGCCCAGUCCUGAACCUCGUACAAACCUUAUGAUCAAACCUUCCGUUGGGAGAACAGCAGCUUCUGCCCCCAGCUCUCUUCCCAUUCCAUCUCCUACUUCAUCUGGACAGACAUUUAAGACAACAGAGAAACGAGGAGAUCUCGAGGAUAAGGUGUUAAAAAAUGAGGCAUACGAUCCUAUGCCGCUACAGACCUCUACACCUAUUGCUCCCAUGCCUGGAUCCAUUCUAGGUUUCACUGGUGACAUUCCUACAGGUCAACCUGAAUCAUUUUCUAGCACAGGUUUUCUAGUUACCCAAACUCCCCCUGACCCAAGCUCCAGCACAGAUCUGGAACCAGGUUUUGGUGCUAGCAUAGCUUUAAUAAACUUAGGUUCAUCCCCUUCAUCUUUGUUCCCAGUCAAGACCCCAUUUUCAGCCUCUUCGUUAAAAACUCCUACCUCAUCCCUGGCGGUCACAUUGAGUCCCAAGCUAAGCUCAAGAAAUACGCCAUCAGAGGCUGCAAAAACUGCCUUUUCCCCUGCACUCACUCCAAUCCCCAAACUUCCAUCAGGCCAAGUGAUGUCUAGCCAAUCCCCUAUUCCAUCUUCAUCCUUUGGAAAAAGCAUUAGUCCAUUACAAGCCCGAAUUCCUUCACCUGCUCUUACUCCUAGCCCCAAACUUGACACUAUGCCAGCAUCACCACAAACCCCCUCUUCUUCUCCAGCUGAUAAAAAGCCGUCCUUCGAAAGUUUACCUCGUCUGAAGUCAGGAAAUGUGACAUCUGUAACAUCUAUGACCAAAGGGGAUAUGGUUUCAAGCCCAUUAUCUCUAAAGGAACAAGACCUAGAAGGAGCCAGAAUACCAAAGACAGAAGAAAAAACAGAAAUAAAGAGGGCUGGGAUUUUUAAAACAGCUACACUUUCACCAGUUGAGGGAGAUAAUAAAGGUUUUUCUCUUUUGUCUCCUACUGAUCAGCUUUCUGAAGAAAGACUGAGCAGUUUGUCUCUGUCGCCUUCCAGUCCGUUGUCACCCUCCUCACCUAUAGGAAGCAGAAUAAGUAGUGUGACCAUCGUCAAAGCCAGCCCUGACAACAAGAGAGAGUAUUCUGUUGUCACCAUGCUGGAGGAGAAAGACAUUUCUACUUCAAUAAAAGAGCAGAAAGGAGAGACUUUUGAACAUGGAGUUGAAUCAGAAAAAGUGAGAAUUAGUCCAGCAGUUGGUCAGGGAGGAGAGGUUUCUGUUUCAGGUGUUGGACAACCUGAAAAUCAAAGUGGAGAGACCUUUGGAGCAGAGCCAACGGUGAGCCAAGAGAAGGAUGAUAUGGUGGAAAGAUUAGGGAGUGCAAAGUGAUGCAGGUGGAAGAAGCAGAGGGUGGAGGAGGAGUUGGGGAAGAUGGUGAACAUUUAGUCGAAACAGCAUUGAGAGGUGGUAUCCCAUUUCGAGAUGGUUCAAAUUGUCCUCUGCUAAUACAAAGAAAGAAGAUUGACACCACUCAGAGGUCUGUAGGAAAGGAAAUGUAGUAAUAAUAAAAUUAAGAUAAUUAUGAACAUUUAAUCAUUUAAGCAGUGAAGAUAUUGCAGUGGGAUUGUACUGGCUGGUUAACUGACUAGCCAGGUGAUUAAUGGAAAAUCAUCAGAUUCUCUUCCGCUGCUAGAUUUAAAGGAUGAUACGAUUGAUGUUGUUGUAUGUUUUAGCCCUUUCACCAAAAAUCACGUUUACUUUGCAUCAUGGGUAACCAUGCUUUUGUGUUUUAGACAUUUGGAUGCCAUUGGCUUCCAUUUAUUUCCAUAUAAUAUAAUAAGGGUCUACAGUCAUGCUAGCAGCUCUGAGAGGCUGUACUUUGGCACAGCGGUGGUUUGAGCUAAAUGCUAACGUCAGUAUGCUAACAUGCCCACAAUGACAAUGUUAACAUGCUUAUGUUUAGAAGAAAAUGUUUUCCAUGGUUGCCAGAGUUUACCAUUUUAGCAUGCUAACAUUGGCUAAUUAGCACUAAACCCAAAGUACAGCUGAGGCUGAUGGGAAUGUGAUUAGUUUAGCAUCUAUUUGGUUAUAAACCAAAGUAUUGCACAAACUGGAAUUUUGUCCUGAUAAUGGUGCUAGAUGAAAAGUCAAAGAAUCACCAAAGUUAUUACAACUAAUCCUGUCUGUACCAAAUUUCAUGUCAGUCCAUUCAAUAAUUGUGUAGAUAUGUGCAGACCCAAAACCACAAAUGUCAACCCCAUGGUGGCAUAACAUGAAACCUUAGGGGUUCACCAAAAUCAAUAGGAUUUAUUGUCUGGGAACCAUGAUUGUCUGUACAACCAUUUUGCCAAUCCAUCCAGUAGUUUCAAGAUAUUUCAGUGGUAGACCCACUGACCAAAUGAAUGACAGACCGACAUUGCUAUCCCUAGAGCCCUGCCACUAGUAUGGCUGGUUGGCAAAACUGUAAAGUACUCAAGAUUUGUAGUUAAGAAGGUUAAAAAAAAAUAAAAAUAUAUUUAUUUUAUAUAUCCAUAUUCCUUCAAUUUGCCUUGUUUUAAAAUAAGCAAUGCAGGGUGGAGUUUUACUUUGACUAAUUGUUUUAUAUGUGACUGACUGACCACUUGGCUGGCUGAUUGAUUAGUUAACAUCUAGGUGUUGUAUUGACUUGUUAAUGGACUGAUUACAUUUGAGUCUUUAACCAGAGCUGUGUGAUUAAUUUAUUGAUUUGGUAACCGUCAUGAUUAUUUAUUGAUGUAUACAGGUGCGAGGGCUGGCAACCUCUAAUCUCAUCUAUUGUUUUUCCUGAUUGUUAAUCAAGAUUAAGAGCACAAACGAGCAACAGUCGCUCUAUGGGCAGCUUGGCCAAUGGAGAUGUAUCAAUUUAGUGAAUUUGCAACAGGUUCUUGUAAUUAAGUAAAUGGACUGUACUUGUAUAGCGCCUUUCUAGUCUUCCGACCACUCAAAGCGCUUCACUUGACCCUAUGCUUUAGUUGCUUUUGGCAAGUACAGUAUGUUGUCUUACCAUUCCAAAUUUCCCAGUUUUUUCUCCAAAUUUGGAUUGGCCUACAGUGACUAGUGACUACACCAGUAAUGUCAGUAUAGUAAUAGUAGUAGUAGUAGUAAUAGUAACAUUCUUAUACUAGUGUAAUGAGGCACUUCCACUGGUAAAUAUACUACAUUUCGUGUACACCAGUCACUCUAGUCCCAGACUAUGCCGCAGUUUUCUGGAAUUGUGAUAUUUUUAAUAUAUCUAGUAAAACAUUGGCUUUUUUGGCUUUACAAGUCUUGCUAGUCACAACACUUCUUUCUGCUCAUGCCAUUUCGUCAUAUGUUCAACAUAAAUUGAAUGUUUACCAGGAAAGUGCACACAGCAAAUGACAGUUAUGGUGGCAAGUACAGCCAUAGACUUUGUACUGAUGAUUGUAUUAUCAAGCAGUACAUGGCAGUCAAGGCAUGACAGUGUGGGAGUCCCAUAUGUGAAAUAAGCUCUCAGACUACAGAGACAUGAAACUUCCACAGAAUAAGCUCUGCAGUCCUUAAAGCUGUGAAACUUAAAAAUAAUGUAUUUUGAGGUAUGAUGUGUAUUUUGAAGUAUAAUGCAGUGUUUUAAAGUCUAACUUGUAAAUCUUCUACAUCACAUAAGAGAUAUUGUAGAUCGGUGACUAUAGUGGAAUCCUCUAUUGAUAUAUGUGUUUUGUUCCCCUCAUUUGAUUAUACGGGAGAACUCACUAAGACAUGUUGUGACACAACAUUAGUGUCUGUCAUACCUGCGAAACUAUUCAAAUCAAAUCAAAUCAAGUUUAUUGUCACAUACACAGUACAACGUCUAGUAAAAUUUGUUCUCUGUAUUUAACCCAUCCUAUGUAUUAGGAGCAGUGGGCAGCCACUGUGCAGCGCCCAGGGAUCAAUGCCUUCGUCUAAGCCAGUGCCUUGGUCAAGGGCACAGGAGAAUAGCCCUAACAUACAUGCUUUUGAUGAUAGGGGGAAAAACACACAGAAAGGUGCUGCCCACACUGGGAUUCAAACCCAAGACCUUCAUGUUGUGAGGCAACAGCGCUAACCACCAUGCAGCCCUUAAUUCUGAAGAAAAAUUUUUUAAAAUCUACUAAUUCCAAGAGCUGUGGUUUCUGUCAGCUGUAUGAUGUUAUACGUAAAAUAUAUAUACACAACUUCACCUUUACUGUACAGUACAUUCUAAAUACAAAACUACUACAAUAAGAAGGCCAUUAUAUACCUUGCAACAACAAUCUAAAGGUGUGGUCGAGAGUGCAUAUGGUGUUAAAUUAUCGUCACUUUUCUAGGAAAAUUAAAUUUUUUACAACCCUUUUUGCAGUUUGGGUAGAAUGAAAUUUUACUCACUGAAAUAAUGAUGAAAUCUGGGGACAGAUUGAAAAUUUGGUUUCACAAGACAAGGUUUUGUUUAAAGCCUGAAUGAUUGUCUGACCGCUUGUGUAGAUGAAAAAAGCACUAUCAUAACCUAUAGGAAUGAUGGUUAAAAUUACAAUAAGAAGAAGGUCCAGGUUUGUAAAAACUGAAGUUUUCCUUGAAGUAUAACAAAACAAAUUGGCUGCAAAAGUGCUCUUGAAAGAUAAAUGAAAAAAAACUGCUUUCCCAAGGCUUAGCUUUUUCAAUAUUAUGGUAAAAAAGGAUAAGGCAAUAUAACUAUUAAAGUAAUAAUCUGAAGCAUUUUAUACAUUCAGUUCAUGAAGUUUGUACAUAUCUGUUUGUUUGUAAUACAUAGAAAAAUAACUAGUUACUGUGAGUGAGCCACCAUGACUGAAGAAAACAGCUAAAGAAAUGACAAAACAAAAAGUCCAAAAUAGGAACACAUCAGAAAAUAAGCACUUAGAAACAAAGGAAGAAAAGAAAAAACAAUAAAUGAUUUUGAUGAUUACCACUUUAAGUAGUGUAUGUUGUAUGCAGAUAAAAUUAGGGGUAAGUGAGAAAACAAGCUUUAAGAAUUGUUUUUCUAUAGGGAGUAUGGGUGUCCCUCUUGUUUGUCAUAAGAAACACCAUGGUGACAUGAAACCCUAGAAGGGAAUCGCUAUUUGUUAAGAUUUCUAUUUGCAGGCAUUCCGCCCAGUAUACAUUCUGGCCCUGGAGACUCCUUCUGGUUAGAACAGAGGGCGUUUACCAGACACAGUUUCAGGUUUCAGGUCAGAGGACAGCGUCAUUUCCUGGUCUUUAUGGGAAACCAACUAGGGGGCCUGUAGUCUGCUUGGCUGUGAGACUUGUUUUCUUUUUUCUCAGUCUGACAGAAUGUCUUCAUCCAAUGACAUCUAAAACUGGAAACACAGUACAUUAUCUUUAGCCAGACCUCUCCAAUAUGUUUAGAUUUUUUCAUGAGCUGUUAAUGUUAUUAUGAAUUUUUCAAAGUGUGAUCAUGAUAGAUUGUGUGUCACCCUCUGCUGGUCACCAAACACAUCACACCUUCACAUGUUAAAGAGUAUUUCACCCACCUUCAUCAUAACAGUAAAUAUGCUCCUAAACUGCUGUGUCAUCAUCAACAUAUUUAUUCUAUUAACAACAAGCUGUUGUGUUACUCAACACAAUAUAUGCUCAUGUGUUAACCUGCUAAAAAGUUGUACACAAUAAUCUUGUAAAUUACACUGCUAAAUAUAAGUAAGUAUAAAGAUGACCAUGUUCUUUUUGUUUGUUUUGUACUUAUCUAAAGCCAUUUUAGAACUAUAACAAUUGACUAAAUGCAUCAUAUAUGUACAUUGCAUUGUAAAUAUAGAAUCUUGAAUAUAACAAGAUGAGAUGUCUUAAUGGUGCAGCUAUCAUUAGGCAUAUUAUUCAACACAGAUCUAUGUCAAAAGUCAAAGUGUUUAUUGCCAUAUGCACAGUUAAAAACAAGUUUCCCUGUACAAUUAAAUUCUUCCUUUGCCUUUCACUCUGAAUGCUGUUUACAAGGAAAUCCAAGGUUUAAAGAAAUACAUAUUAGAAAAUAAAUAAAGAACACCAUGUACAAUUUACAGUAUACAGAGUAGGGGGGCAAAGUGAGGCUUCCUAUAUGGCAAGGUGGGGGAAGUGGAUUAGAUCUGUUCAUCAGUCUUAUGGCCUGAGGAUAAAAGCUGUCCCUCAGCCUAGAGGUACUGCAUUUCACCCUUCUGUACAUCCUGCCAGAGGGCAUAAAUGUGAAGAACCUGUGUUGUUGUACACAAGGGUCAAGAUAAGUAAUUUGAUUUAAGAAAAUGUUUGACACAAGCUGACUUGCAUUGGAAAUCUUUUUUUUUUUUAAUCUUAAAACUACUGGGUGGGGCCCAGUAGUCAGGAGAUAUUGUUACCAACUAAAUUUCUUUGAAACUAAUUCAGAAAAUAAAGCAAACUUAAAGAUAAAGCAACAUUCAUCAGCUAAAGGCCUUAUUGUGAAUUUCCAGAGAAUGAAUGUGACUUUAUUAUUAUUAGGAAAUUAUAUGCAGCGCAUUUUAGUUAGUAAAAGAUCCACUGUGGUAUACACAUUGCAGAUGCAUUGUUGUACAUUAAUAUUUCAAAACUUCCUACAUGUGUGUAUGUGAAGUCUUAGGCAGGAUACCUGCCUCUUAAAGGCCCAGUCACAAUCAGCCUAAGGGUUUACAAACCAGCAACAGUAUGAAUGUAUUAAUAUUAACAAGAAGGACAAAUCCAGUUCAGCUAAGAGAGACAUAGCAACACCAACAUUGGUAUUUGUGUGGCUCAUGAAAAAACAUAAUGAUUUGUUUUGUUUGUUUUUUGACAAUGGGACCAAUAAAAGCUUACAAUAUAUGAAUCAUGUUGUUGGCUUUUGAUGUAGAGAAAAUAGUUUAUGAUAAACGCAAAAAAAUUGAAAUCACCACUGAAAACUGCAAAAGCUAAAAAGCCUCUAAAUUCAUAAUUCUUCCAUGAUCCAUGAUCACUAUAAAUCCUCAGAUUUGAUCAAAAAGCUUGAUCAAAUCAAGGGGUUUGUAAUACAUUUUGAGAGAUGUAUAAUGUCCUCAAGAGCAGGGCCUGGAAUAUAUGUACAGUAUAACACACAUGCUGGUGAUAUGAAAGACUUGUAUGCAGAUGUAUCAUAAUUUACUCUAAUGAAAUAAAAUACCAGAACUAUGCUUUUCAAA